AUGGAUGAGGAAAUCACCUUCGGACCAAGGGACGCGGUUCCCCUGGCGUCCGGAAAUCACGAGGCUAUCGUGAUAGACGUCAUCACUAAUAACUACCGGGUGAAGAAAGUGUACGUAGACCAGGGGAGUGCGGUGGACAUCCUGUUCUACCGUGUGUUCAAAGAGUUCGGAUUGAAGGAUGAACAAUUGACCCCGGUUCGGACACCCCUGGUGGGCUUCACCGGACCGCCCAUCAAUCCGGAGGGGAUGAUCACCCUGAUGGUCACGGUAGGGCAGGCCCCCAAAUGCCGGACCUUCCCUGUCAAUUUCGUGGUGGUCAAGCAACAAUUCCCGUACAACAUGUUCCUGGGUCGGCCUGCUUUGAACGCCCUCCGAGCUAUUCCCUCUACGCUCCACCUCAGCGUCAAAUUCUCCACUCCAGGAGGGGUGGCUAGGGUGCGCGGUGAUCCAGAGGAUGCCAGACCUUGCUACUUGGCCAUGCUUCGGGGACAGGAGAAGGUGGUCGCCCAGACGACCUGCUUGGAGCCCUACAUUCCAGGGGAGGAGGCCCUGCAGCUGGGCACCGAGGACGAGAUCGAGGAGUUCCCCUUGAGGGAAGACCGGCCCGACCAGGUUCUCCGCAUUGGUGCGCUGCUACCCUUUGAGGAGAAGGAGGGCUUGAAGGCCCUACUAAGAGAAUACUCCCAAGUCUUCGCAUGGAUGGUUGAGGACAUGCCUGGGAUUCCGACAGACCUGGCUGUCCACCACCUCAACGUGGAUCCUCGCUUCAAGCCAGUGAAACAGAAGAAGAGGAGCUUUGCCCCAGAAAGGAACGAGGUGAUCCGGAAGAAGGUCGGCAAGCUGCUGGAGUCCAAGAUCAUCCUGGAGGUACAUUACCCGACCUGGUUGGCCAAUCCCGUCCUGGUGAAGAAGGAGGAUCAGUCGUGGAGGAUGUGCGUGGACUUCACAGAUCUCAACAAGGCCUGUCCGAAAGACUGUUUUCCCCUGCCAAGGAUCGACAGGUUAGUAGACUCUACUGUGGGUUUUGACAUUUUGUGCUUUUUGGAUGCCUUCAAGGGAUAUCACCAGAUCGAGAUGGUUGAGGAGGACCGGGAAAAGACUUCCUUCAUCACCGAGGAAGGAACCUACUGCUACCGGACCAUGCCAUUUGGGCUGAAAAAUGCUGGAGCCAGCGUUUAG